GCCCUUUGGAGCAACGCGUGAGCACAUCCAGCAGUGACGAAGAGGCAGCUGCGGAACAAGAUGUCGAGGGCCUGCGCAGGCGGAAAGGCCGGGAUGUGUCCCCAGCUCAGCCCAGAGCCCCCCAUGACGGACACAGAGAGGCCCUUGAGCGUGAGGACGGAGGGUUGCCCGGGACAAAAUGGCUGCUGGGGUUGCUGGCCCUCCUGGGGCUGGGCUUCCUGGCCUUCUCAGGAGUUCUCUUUGACCUGGAAGAAGGACCUGUGGACUCUCUGAGCGCCUCAAGAAGCUCCGAGGGAGAGGAGCCGCACGCUGGCGCCGACGGGAAGCAGGACUGGCCAACUUCGAUCCCGCCAGAGCCCAGGAGGGGUGCCAAGCUGACUCCAGCCAAAGACACGCCACCAUUAGAGCCCCCUGUUGUGCCCCAGAGCUUGGACGCCAUGGGGGCCCUGCUAGACAGGCUGGCCAAGGAGAAUCAGGAGAUCCGGCUCAUGCAGGCUGAACUGCAGGUGAGGAAGUGG